AUGGCGCUCCCCCCCGCACUGCAAGCGCUCGCGAUUGGCUCGGUGUCCGCACCGAAUGUGCUCGAACUCUAUGUCGACUACCUUUGCCCUUUUUCUGCUAAGAUUUUGAACAACUUCCAGAGCCAGGUGGUGCCUCUGCUCUUUGGCGAGCAGGCGCCGUUCCGUGGCAAGGUGCGUGUCAUUGUGCGCCCCGUCCCCCAGCCGUGGCACGCCUCGUCCUCGCUCCUGCACGAGACGGCGCUGGCUGUGGCGCGCCUCUCGCUCACGGACCGUGUGGCGCUCGAGGAUCCCGAGAAGAACGCCUUCUGGGUCUUUUCGCAGGCGCUCAUGAAGGAGAGCGAGCGCUGGUACGACGGCCCUGCGCGCUCCAAGAACCCUGAUCAGGUGCGUGCGGAGCUCGCGACGCUCGCGGUCAACGUCCUCGGCGAGGACGUGCGCAAGGCCAAGAAGGAGUCGAUCGUCGCCCUCGACGGGCAGCCCCUUGGCCAGGCCGUGCGCUCCUGGACCCGCGUCUCAGACGAGGGCAACGCCGGCUCGAAGAUCGUGCCGGAUCUCAAGUACUGCAUCAAAAUCGGACGCCAGAACGGCAUUCACAUCACGCCGACUGCACUCUGGAACGGCGUCGUGGAGCCGUCCAUCUCCUCGUCCUUCUCGCAGGAGGAGUGGCGCAAGUUCCUCGACGAGCGCGUGCCGAAGGCCAAUAUCUAG